AUGGCAAAGGGGAAAGGAAAAGAGGAUAAGUCGCUCAGAGCCAAGGAUGGUGCUGCCGCUGAAAGGAAGCGGCCGAGCAGUGAUGCAGACGCAACACCAAGCUUUUCUGAUGCUAUGGUAGCUAGCCUUACCAAACGAAUUGAACAGAAGUUAAAGGGUGAUGAGGGUGCAAAUGGAGGUCUGUCGAAAGCUGAAAAGAAGGAGAAAUUGGAAAAGAAUGACAAGCGUAAGGAACGGAACCAAGUCAUUGAGAUGAAGCCCACCGAGAAGCCUGUCAAAAAACGAGAGCUACUUGCAGACGUUAAGCCUACCGAUAAUAAAGCGGGAAAGAAACGGGACCGAAGUGGGAAAAUUAUACAAUCUGAAGUUUCUGAAAAGCCACAUUCAACAGCGGAAAGGCAACGUGAUGUCAGGAAGAAUCUGGAAGAGGAGGUAUAUGCAAUUGGUGGGACGAAGGAGGAUCUUGACCUGGUAGCUGGUGUUGAAUCGGACUCAGAGAUGGAGGACAAGGAGGUUUCCAGUGGCGAUUUGGAGAAGCUUCGAAGCGACCUUGGUAAACUUAUCAAUGGCGGGAAUGAGCUUCCUGAAGUUCCAGACCUCCCUAUGCAGGAGACGAAGCCCAUUAAAACGAAGCAGGAACGGAAGCAGGAGGGGAAGCAGUCUGAGGAAAACAGAACUGAAAAACUGACACAAGAGAAGAAAUCUAAGGGGAAUAAUGCCCUAGAGAAGAAGACGGAGAGUAAAAAGAUCCAGAAAAAUGAAUCUCUGCCCUCAGCUUUAACUCAAGACUCUAAAAUGUCCGAGAAAGGUCUAUCUUCUUCGAUCUCGUUAUCCCUGAGCGUUCCGAUUGGCAUAAUACUCUACUUCCAGAAAUAUCCUAUGAUUCCAAUCGCCACGUAA